AUGGUGGUCGCCUGCCUCACAUCCACGCCGCGGAAGGAGGCGCUGGAGACCAAGAGCAAGGAGAUUAAGGAACUACAGGUGAUCGUGAAAUCCUGGACACGGAAAAUCAGUGCCCUGAGUUGUGAGGAUGGUGAGUGUCAGGAGAAACUCGCCGAAGCUCAAAGUCUGCUGGAGCCACUGGUAGAGCUCUGGUCCGCUGCAGCAGAGUGGUUGAAGGUUCUCCGCUUCUGUGGUGAUGCGCAGGUGGCAUCCCUACAGGAGGAUUGGUGCCUGGCGAGGUGUAAGGAGAUGGAGGAAAAAUUGGAAGAUAUGCUGCCCAUUUGCCUCUGCGCCGAGCUGCAGACCCGCUGCGAGAUCCUCCGUGAAAUUUUGCAGCUGGCUUCGAUUUUCAAAGGAGAUGAUCUACAGGAGAUGCAUUGGAAUCAGCUGGAAACUGCGGUCGACAAGUGGAAUCUAAAGACCGUGCAAGAGAUCAGACACAGGCGCAAGUGGAGCCAUGGGGAACAUGGGGAAGGGGAGUUAGUGCAGUUGGACUUGCUGCUAAUCCGUCAGCCGCUGUUGGAUGUCUACCAACAGGCCAUGCAUCAGAAGGAACUCCGGCAAGAACUGGAGGCGCUGCAGAAGCAUUGGUCCAACGCGCGCCUGAGGGUGGCACGCCGCGCCAAGGUGGCGCGUCCGCCUGAGGCCAAGGCGGAUGAAACGCCAAAACGCCGAGCAUCUUUGUCCUUGCUGGAUGCCAGACCUGUCUAUGAGGGCCUGGCCAAUGCUGAGGCACUUCUUCAGGAGCUUGAAGAAUCCCUGGUGACGGCCGCUGUGUUGUUGUCGAAAGCCGACAGCAGUGGUUCCCUGGUGACGGAGCUCCUAGACCAGGACUUGGUUCUGAUGCAAGACAUCCUGCAGGAUUGGCUGCGUCUCCAGAACUUGAAAUCUGAGUUGAAAUUUGUCUACACUCUUCCCGAAGUCCGUGAUUUGAAAGUUUUGGAGGCCUCCGAGCUGAAUAUGAUCGAGGGCUGGUGGCAAGAGUUGAUGGGCUUCGUGGAGUCCACACGACUCAUGACGAAGGUCUUGCUGAAACCCAAUUUUCAUCAAGAAAUUCUGCAGAAGAUCUCGGAUUUGGAGCGACUGAAGAACAACAUGGCCGGUAUUUUUGUCAAGAAACGACACCAAUGCGCGCGCUUGUAUUUCUUGGUGGAUUCGGACAUCUUGGAGUUGAUGUGCCAAGCACACGACAAGGUCAUUGUGGAUGCCAAUGGGGACAUACUCACGAAAGAGCAGAGUGGUGCCGCGCUGUCGGUGAUGAGAGACAACUGCUUCCUCCGCUUGGACAUUCACAAGUGUUUCGAUGGAAUUGAGCAGCUGGCCACGCGCGCGGGGUUGGACGAGACGCUCUGUGGGAUGAGCUCAUGGGAAAACGAGGUGGUCUCCUUCGGUCGAUUGAAGAUGCUGACCAAAGUAGAGGCAUUGAUCUCGGUGGUGCAGGAUGCCAUGUGCAAAACGCUCCGGAGCCAACUCGCCAGAGCGACGAUGCACCGCGAGACGCGCCGCGAGGACGGCAGCGGAAGCAGCGCCGUGACGUCGCGGGUGACGCAGGAAGGCUUCGAUCGCUUGGAAUGGGCGCAGGAUACCAGGUUUUGCGUCCAGUCGGUUCUGCUCUGUGAACAAAUCUACUGGUGCAAAGCGGUGGAACAAGCCUUGAUGACGGGGGACCACGCAGAACGAGAACUGCGGAACAUGCGGCAUGCUGAGGCAGGUCAUUUGAUGAGGCUGCUGGACGUGUUGAAGGGCGAUGAACUUCCGCUGCAGCGCUUGCGGCUCGAGCGUCUGGCUUUGCAAAUCUUACGUUGUCAAGAUGGCCUGCGGCAGUUGCUGGCGGCAUCGAACGGCCCCAUGACGCUGGACAUGUUGGCCUGGCGCCUACAACUUCGCCUGGAGAACCCUGCAGCCUUGCGUCAACUCAGGCUGCGUCACAUGGACUACUGCGCGGAGUAUGGCUUCGAAUACCAGGGCGUUUGCUCGCGCAUGGUAAUGACACCACAGACGGAUCGCUGCUGGUUGAUCAUCACACAAGCCUUUGCCGCGUCGACGCCGAGACUGGGGAAAAGUGAGACCGUGAAGGACUUGUCCCUGGAAGCGGGCGUGUUUUGCCCCACACUGCGCUGCAGUGUCUACACCACGGCGGAGGAUAUAUCACGAGUGCUCGCCGCUCGUUUCAUCUUGAACUGGGAAGGUUUGCUGCUGGGUCUCUUCUUUAAAUUGCGGUCACUGAUGCAUGCCCAGGAGGAACGGAAAGAGUAUGACGUCUUCUUUGAAGGGCAACGUUUGAAGCCCCGCCGCGCGCAUUUGGCGCUGCUGCUCUGCACCACUGCCAUGGCCCCCCGGAACGUGACGAAGAGCUACGCAGAGGUGGUGCGGCCCGUGGCGUUGCUUCCACCAGAUCUCCACCGCAUCGUUGAGUCGCAGCUGAUCUUGAAGGGUUUCCAAGAGGAGGUCAUCACGCACUGCGCGCGACGCGUGGUCGAAUUCUUUCGCCACGCCCGAAGUUUCUCCUCCACGCCUGUGACGAUGCACUUCUUGAGGACAGCCAUCGAAACUGCAGCAGAUCUGAAGGCGUCCGUGCAUGACUUGGAUCUGGCGGCGGAAGAGGAGGUCUUGCAUCGAGCCUUCAACCAGGUCUGUCUACAAUACUUGGGCCCUGCGGAUCAACCAGCGCUGCGGCAACUGUUACAGGCUGGCCAUAGGACCGUUGUUGUGGGCCUGGGUCUAGCUACAGCCCACGAAAGUAGCAAGCUUGUUAUCGCGCCCACAGGACCUGCACCUGGGGUGGAAGUGGGGCCCGACGAUAGCAGCGACAGCUCGACCUUCAGCGAAGCGGAGACCACGCAGGCUGAAGAGGCUGAGAUGACGCAGUGGAUGGGGCUGCUGAGCGAAGAACUGGAGAGGCGCGGUCUGUCGACCUCAAGCUCCUACAUGAGCAUUUUUCGGCAACUGCGCAUGGCCAUGCGUUCUUUCCCCGGAACGAUUUUGUGUGGCCCCUCGGGAGUGGGCAAAAGCACCAUGCUGCGCUGUAUGAUGCAAGCUGAGAAAGCCGCUUGCGCAAUGAAGGAAUUGGUCCCACCAGAGAUGGUUCAGUGCUUUCCUGGUGCUUUGCCACCCGAAACGUUGGGCUCUGGAGGAUCCGAAGCUAUGCGCGGCAGCGUGCUCUCGAAGCUCUUGUCCUCGGCAGCUCACCACAAGGUUUUGUGCUUCGACGGCGUGCUGGACUCCUGGGCAGAGUCCUUGCAUGGCGUGCUGGACCGAACAGGGCAUCGACAGUUGAGCAACAUGACUUUGGCCCUUGAAGCUGAGAGCAGGCUGAUCUUUGAGACGGAGUCCUUAGCGUCCACCUCCCCGAGCACCUUAUGCCGCUGUUGCACCGUGCCGCUGCCCACGGAGGCAGUGGGUCCUCAUCGAAUGUUGCAGUGCUGGUACCAACAGCUUCCACAUCGAGUACCGUGGCUCCCACCCCUUGCACAGAAGGAGCUGCUCCGUUUGUUGGACCUCUUUCCCGAAGCCGUAGCACUGCAGCGGACAUCGACAAAGACCACGGCCUCGCCCAUCGCUGAGGCCACAAGUCAUCAAGCACUGCUGCUCUGCGGCACCCUGACGCGAUUGUUGGAGGCGCAGCUGCGAAGCGAGCCCCGCCAGUCGGUACAAGUCCUUCCAGGGCAGCUGGCCACGGGCCGUCGUUUAUCCACCUCCGCCUCCAUCGUGAUGUCCUCCAAGUCCAAGAAGGAGAGCUUCAUGGCUCGUUCCACUCAUCAAGGGACGCGCGCAGCGGGAACGUUGACCUUUGACUAUGUCCGCUACGUGCAGUCCUGCUAUGUCUUCUGUCUUGCCUGGACUUUGUGUGUGGGACCUCUUGGAGUUUCCCUGCAAGCGCUUCACACAUGGCUGCAGGGGAAGAUCCAGGACUUUCAGCUGCCACGAGGUUGUCACAGGCUCACGGACGUGUAUGUGGACUGGUCAGUGCAGGACAUCGAGGGCUUCUAUUUGAGCCCAUGGUACACGCAGCUCCCAGCCGUAAACCACGAACUCCGGCAAGACGCUGCGGACGGGGUCGAUGGCAGCAACCCAACCAGCGAGGCAGUGGUCACUCUGCAAGGGAUGUCCUUUGCUUUCGUCACCAUGAAUUUGUUGAUGGAAGGCAGCCAUGUGUUGCUCUCAGGCCCGGCGGCUGUAGGGAAGAGCUUCACCGCCUCAUCUGCCGAACGAUCCCUACGCACCCUGCAGAAGUGGAGCACAGUAGGUGCUGUGUGGAGUCGAUUGACAUCCCUGCACCAGUGCCGCAGCACCCUGAAUCUCUGUGCGGCCCGCCGUCGUCCCGGACGCCACCUGGUGGUGGGCGAAGUCAUGUUCCACGUGGAGGACCUGAACUUGCCGAUGCAGCGGGAGCCCCACGAGGUGCUGCGCGCCUUCGUGGAUACCGAGAAAGCCUCGGUCAACGGGGCGAGUGAGGAGCUCGCCAUUCCAAGCGCCCAAGGUAUCCGAGUCCUCGCGACCACAGCACCACUUCAUGCGUUGGAAUUGCGAGGCUGUGGACCCUCUUGGGCUCCGCGGCUGCGGCGCCACUUCAACGAGCUGCAGUUGCCAGAGCCGGCCGAAGAGGACGUCAAGAAGAUUUUGCAGAGCAUCUCACGUCAUGUCCUGAAGGUGGGCGGCGGCUGCGAUGCCUUGGAAGCGGCCUUCAGCGGCGUGGCGGAGGCCCGCAGCGAGCCGGUCUCGGGCUUGAAGUUGAAGGUAGAGGACGCUUUGGCCUCAGCCACCUUGCAGCUUUUCAAGCUGGUCAAGGAGCAAAUGAAGGCAACUCCCAGCAGUUCGGGCUGCAACUUCAGCCUACGGCACUUAGCACAAAUCAUGGAAGGCGUGGCCAGAGCCUGCCCAUGGCACUAUAGCUCUCGCCGCCAGCUGGCGCAACUCUGGACGCACGAGAGUCUGCGGAUCUACGAAGAUCGGCUGGGCGACGCAGGCAGACACAAAUUUCGAGAACUUCUCGCGAAACUCUUGCCCAGCCACUUCGGCUUGGAGCUUUCGCUCAGCGGCCAGGGCCCGGUCUUUGGCGUCCAGAUGGACUCGCUGCGCUACCAGAACUUCGAUGACCAGGAGAUGAACCCUGCACAAGCCUUUCAAGAAGCGAUCAAUGAGCACAAUGCGCUGCUGGAGCCAGGCAAUCGACUUCCGUUCGUGCCCUUCGCACAGAUGCUGCAGCACACCCUUCGCAUCUGCCGGGUGUUGGCCCUUCGGGGGUCACGCCUGGCAGUGCUGCUGGGGCCCAACAACUCUGGAAGGAGGAGCGCCUGCCACGCGGCGUGUUGCUUCUUCGAGGCCGAGUGUUGUGAUGUGUUGAAGAGUAUCAGAACCAAAGGCACCGCCAAGGAGGACUACGUGACGUCCAUGCGCGAUUGCAUCAUGAGUGCCGGAAAGCUGGGUCGCCGGCAGUUGGUGUUGAUCCGCGACACGCCCUCUGUGGCGGUCAACGAGGAGACCAUGGACAUGAUUUUGGAUUCCUGGCAUCGCUUUCUUCGUCACGGUGACUUGCUGAACCCGGAGGAUUUGCAGGAUGCCGAGCUGCCGGAAGCGUCGUGGCGGCCCUUGCUCUUUUGCGCGCUGAGCGUCACGUCGCUGAAGCAUUUGAGAAACUUUCCAGGCUUCUUGGCGGAGGCCUACAUCGAUUGUUUCUUGCCCUUGACCGAGGAGGCCUUGCAGGGUGUCAUCAGCGCGGUCACAGGUAUUGAUCGAGAUUUGUCAGAUAAGAACUCCAAGUUCGGCUCGCGGCAGAUUGCCGAAGCCCUGACUUUAGACGAAGAUCAUCUGCAUUUUGUAAACACCAAUGAAGCCUUUUGCCAAAAGAUUUUGGCCGCCUUGGACCUCUUCCCUCAGAUCUUCCGGAUGGCACCGGAGGCCCUGAGAAAAGUGUCAGGCAGCGGGAUGGAUCGCCGGAUCGCGGGUGCUUCGCUGCGCAACUUCCUUGACAUGCUGAACACCUUUGUCGUUUCCAGCACCGCUGAUAUCAUCAAAUGCCGCGCCCAGCGCGAGCGCAUGAUUUGUCAGUGCCACAUGGUCACGCAGGUCAUUGAAGUGGUGGAUGACUCUCUAGGCCCGCUGAAGGAGUGGAUGGAAAAGCGUCGCACGCUGAAAGCUGAGGUCAGCGAAUUGCAAACACGCCUGGCUGAGAUUCAGGAAGAAGUCUGUAGCCCCAGAGCUGGUUUCCUUCAAGUCAAGAAGAAGGAGGCCGAAGUCGAGAAGGACGAAGCCGAGAAACAUCGGACAGAGGCCUUGGUGAAAGUCAGCAGCCAGGUGGUUGCGUUGAAAACUGCGCGCAUUCGAGAUGCGAAAGAACAUUACCAGAUGAAGAUGUCGGUCGUGGCGGGUGUCUUACAUCCCGACACCCUGCAGGAAUUGAGCAGCCAUCAGAAGGAAAGUGUUAUGGUGUCGCAGCUUGUCCGGUGCCUGUGCGCCCUUGUAGGUCUUGGCAGCUCACCUUUGCCGCUGGAUGGAAGCCUGUCUUCUCGGCUCACUGGGGUGGACCCAACAGUUGUCACCAAGGACCUGGUGGAGCGAAUGGAGGACAUUCAGCUUGGAGAGGAAUUGGAAGAUUUCUCGCGUGCCGCGCGUGUGGCUGUCGAGGACCUGAUGGCCUAUUUUGAAGCUCUUGGCAGCCUGCAGAGGGCACUUCAGCGAGACGGAAAUGCAGAGGAGGUUCUGUUUGAAGAGGAGGAGCGCCUGGCAGAGGCCAAGGCGCACCUGACCUUGGCACGCGACGCGCUGCGAGACCUGCAGCAGGAAAUGUCGGAGGUGAAGUUGACGCUGCAGCAGAGUCGGAAAGACCUCGAAGAGGCAGAGGUGAUGAGCUUUGAAUGUGAGAAGAAGAUGACAAAGGGUGAGCUCACCAUCACUCCAGAGCGUGUGUAUCUCACAUGCCAAGGGCCUUGGAAGACUAAUGGAAAAGAUAUGCUAUCAGCACCAGCGAAAGACUUUUCAGCUCUUGACAUGCCAGCUUCUUCUUCGGCAAGCGCUUCAACGAUGACCUACACUGCUAUUAUGGAGCAGAUUGCCAACAUUGGCACGCAGAUGAAGAACAUGACCAACCUGAAGAAGAGUUUAACAGAGCAGAGCCGAGAAGUGCCAAUCAGCCUCUACCUUGACCCCACUUGUAUCUUUGUCACAGAAAUUCAUGCUGUCUACGUGGUGAUUGCUGACACAUUCCUGCAUAUUCCUGUCAGCUGUGCAUAUCCUCAUCAUUUUGUGGACGUGCUCUACGACAACCACGAGGUGGUCAGUCGCGCGGAGCGUUACUAUCUGCCGGCGCAGGCUGCGAUCCAGGGCUGGGAAGCAGAGAGACAUGAGCAGGACCUGCGCUUCGAUGGCAUCCCGGCCCGUCCGGCAUCCCAAUGCCUCCCCUCAACGCCAAAAAGGGAUUGGUUUGUAAAGCAAAAAAAUGUAAAUAUCUCAACAUAUACACUUUGA